CCCAGAGAUGGUCCAGUAUUUCUCUGUUUGCCCCAUGCUCAUGCCCUCAUUCCAACUAGGAGAGCAUGCCAACAACUUUAGAGCAGCACAAGCAACUUAUCACAACAGACUCACAGACAUAUCUACAGAUCUUUACAGGGAGCAUCAUUGUUCACCGGACACAAUACUAAGCGGCCAACAGAAGUCUAGAACUCCACGUACCCCGGAGUAAGAGGUUACAGACUUUCUUACUCAUCCUCAGAGAGACAGCGGUCGGAACACCGAACUGCACUCCUAUACAGUUGAGACAGCAGUGGAACAGGCAGUCCGAGGGAACAGAAGUGUAAGUAGUAAAGAACCAUGGGGGACUGGAGUCUCCUUGGAAAUUUCCUGGAGGAAGUCCAAGAGCACUCGACUUCGGUGGGAAAGGUGUGGCUCACAAUCCUUUUCAUCUUCCGUAUCCUGGUCCUGGGUACAGCAGCCGAGUCGUCAUGGGGUGAUGAGCAGUCCGACUUCAUGUGCGACACGCAGCAACCCGGUUGCACUAAUGUUUGUUAUGACAGCGCCUUUCCCAUUGCCCACAUCCGCUAUUGGGUGUUGCAGAUUGUCUUUGUCUCCACACCCUCACUUAUUUACAUGGGCCAUGCCAUGCACACUGUGCGCAUGGAGGAGAAACGCCGGCGGCAAGUGCAAGAGAUGCGCGAGAAUGAUGAGGAAAGAGGGGAGCCAGGAAGUGGUGAGAAGGAGUACCUGGAGCAAAAAGAAAAGGUUUCUGAAACACCAGCCAAGAUUCGCCUUAAAGGUGCACUGUUAAAGACGUAUGUAUUAAGCAUCCUGAUCCGCUUGGUCAUGGAAGUGACCUUCAUUGUGAUUCAGUAUAUGAUAUAUGGGAUUUUUCUAAAGUCGUUGUACCACUGCAAUACUUCACCAUGUCCCAACCCAGUCAACUGCUACAUGUCACGACCGACAGAGAAGAACGUCUUCAUUGUGUUCAUGUUGGUGGUGGCAGGUGUCUCCCUUUUCCUCAGUGUUUUGGAGCUAUAUCACCUUGGCUGGAAGCAGUGCAGGAGCUUCUUUCGUAAGUAUGCUAAAAGCCAUACCACUAACAGCAACACUGAAGCCAACAGCAAAAUCACAAAUGCUGUUUCUGCACCCAUGGCACCUAACUUUUCAGACAGCUCCCAGCCACAUCCUGCCAAGAACUGCACCCCACCUCCAGCUUUUAAUCAGUGCUUAACAUCAGGAAUAGGCUCAUCCUCACCUGGACAUGUUCAUCACCAUGUUCAUUCCAUCCACUCAAGCUUCCAACUUACCAACCACUUGGCCCACCAGCAGAACUCGGUCAACCUGGCCACUGAGCGCCACUGCCGUCGCAGCCAUGAUGACCUGGAGGCAGAGGAGGAUUUCUUGAGGAUAAACUUUGACCAUCAACCAGCCAUUAUGGCUUGUGAAAACACUCCUGCUGAAGUACUACCAAGUGCUCCAUCUACACCAACAUCCAACAGCAGCUUCAUCAGAGACAAACGCCAAUUUAGCAAGACUAGUGGCUCUAACAGCAGCAAAACACGGCCUGACCUAGCAGUGUGAAGGGGUGAUGCCAGACCCAAGUGUUUGGCGGUGAAGUAAUUUAUUCCCAAGACAUGUAGACCCCAGAUCCUUAUACCCAUAUGUAGGACUGUUGCCAACAAAAUUGGUAGCAUAUAUUGGUCUGAAAUGCUUUGUAUGUUGUAGCAUUAUAAUUUACAUUCACUGAAACUACACUCUAAACCUGUUCCAGAAUGACAAUGUCCAUAAAGAGUAGAAGAAUUGCACAAAACCCUGACCUUAACAUCACUGACCUCCUUUGGGAUAAACUGCUGGCUUCACUUAUGAGUGCAAGAAACACACAGCAACAUUCUAAAAUCUAGUGUAAAUCCUUCCCAGAAGAGGGGAGGUUAUUAUAACAGAUUUUUAGAAUAACAACAUGAUUGAGAUGUUAAACAAGCACAUAUAGUUAUGACUGGUCAGGUGUCCACAUUCUUGGGGCCAUAUAAUGCAUGUUUGUGUGUACUUUCCAAAAAAAUGCUUGGGUACAUAUAACACAAUUUGGGUCAAUUUGGAAACCAUGCACUGGACACAAUAUGGAUGCUAACCCAGCGUGCGAUUUAAUGCUGCUUAAAAUAGGAUUUUAUUGAUCCUGAUAGAAAAAAUAUGGUAAACAUAAAUACAUUGCUGGGCUGUAGACAUGAAAUUCUGCCUAAACGUUGAAACCAGCUUUUACAGUUGGGGUCAAUCCACAGACAUUUGGAAAUACUGAGGGAUGACAAUCAAAUUGCAGAUGAAUCAUGCAACUAGCAUUUCUUGCAGUUGCCACUGAUUUAUUUCCUGCAAUUGAAAAUUCUAGAAAAAUGAAAUGUUGAUGCUUUAUGCCUGUUCUCCUUCAGGUCCUCAGCCUAUUAUGCAAGAUUGCUUAUCACCAACCCCUUGUCAACCCAAUUAUCUGACCCAAACAAAAUUGGAAAAAUAAGCCAGCAUUUUUCUUUUUUUUGUGAAUGUAUCUGAGAUUCUGCCAUGAGAAUUUUUUGUAUAGGGAGUGUCUUUGAAGGCUUUUAGGAGAAGACAAUAAGUAAAAUAUAGAUGUUGUGAAAGAGAGAGAGAGAGAGAGAGAGAGAGAGAGAGAGAGAGAGAGAGAGAGAGAGAGAGAGAGAGAGAGAAUCUGUAUCAGAGCACCUUUUUUUGGUUUCACUGAAACUGCUGUAUAAUAUUAGAAUAUGACAGAGUAAUUGAAGUUAUACUUUGUAUGGGGAAAGUAAACUAUGGAAUGGCUUGAUUUGUAAUUUGCACAUUUCUGAAAUGACACUGAGACUAAGAAUGAGAAUAAUAAUAGUAAAAAUACAAUAGACAGCACAUCUCAUGUGAAAAUGGAAAGCAAGAGAAUAUCUUUAUCAUCAAAAAUCACUGUUUUAUAUUUUGCACAUAAGUCAAGCAAUGUGCAAAUUUAUGAACCAAAGUGUUCAAUGCCAAUAAACCAAAACAACACAUCAAGCAAGUCAGGACUGUGAAAUGUAUGAGUGUCAAGUACUUAUAUAAAGUAAAGGACUUUUGUAUUACUGUGAAUGUAAAAGAGAAAAUUUUUCAAACCAAUAAUUUGACUGUAGACUGGGUAAAGGCAAGGGUACAUUACCAAUGAAGACGUCAUGCAAACAAUGUGUUGGGCAAACUGACAUGUGCAACAAGCAACUCUGACCAAAUAUAAUCUUGGUAGCAGGUUUUUAUUCCUUUGACUCUCAAGCCAUUCAUCUUCUGAAAUAAGAUUUGUGCCUUAACCGAAUAGUACAUUUAAACAAUUAAACAUCUAGUGCACACAUAGAUAUAAGAUCUUCAGGAUGUUAUAGAAAGCACAUUUGUAUCAAGCUUCCUGUGAGACUAAAGUCAUUCAGUCUUACUAAAUAGCUCUCUGUGAUUCACCAAGUGACUUACUAAAGCACAGAGCAAAAAUUAUAACAUGAUAAUCAGUCUGACAAACGGUUAAUCACUUUCAGUACUUUAUACUAGUCCAGAAGGCAACACAAGCUGAGAUGAAAACAUCUUCUCGCUGCAUUUUUUUCUUUUUUAGGCUGCUCCCGUUAGGGGUCGCCACAGCGGAUCAUCUGUCUCUAAUCUUCUCGCUGCAUUUUAGUUUAUUAGAAAUGCGAAUAGAAAUCGGAAACCAGGGUUUAAGAUAAUUUUGAACACUUUUAGCAUAUAUAUAAUAAUAUAUAUGUGUGUGUGUGUGUGUGUGUGUGUGUGUGUGUGUGUGUGUGUGUGUGUGUGUGUGUGUGUGUGUGUGUGUGUGUGUGUGUGUGUGUGUGUGUGUGUGUAAAUGACUAAAUGUAUGUCUACACAAAUGUGCAUUUGAGAAGAAUUUAACAGCCAUAUUAGCAAAGGCAAUGAAAUAUGCCACAGUGUACACUACUGCAAUGCAAUCCUAAAGACUGUGUGUGUGUGUGUGUGUGUGUGUGUGUGUAUAUGUGUGUGUGUGUGUGUGUGUGUUAAUUUAUGUAAAACAAGGUGUGAAUGGCAGUUUACUGUGUAUUAUGCACAUUGAUCUAUACCUUAGAUUACUUUGUUUCUCAGAUGGCAUGCUAUUUCAAAUUAUUCAGUCAUUCGUUACAUAUCCUCACUUGUGUUUCAUUCUACAAUAGAAACAAACAAACAAAAAUAAACUUUUGGAUUCACUUGGA